CGCUGGUGCAGGUGCUCUGUUUCAUCGAGAGUGGAUGCGAAAGGCAAGAAGGGGAGGGAAAGAAUGAAGGGAAACGUUGGAGAAAAGUGCGCGGGGCAUGCAUAAAAGGGCAUCAGCAGCUGACAGUGUGUCUAAUGUCCUGGGGCUUGGCUCGGAAUGAUUUAUUGAAAGGGGCACUUUGAGAUAUGAUAAGGUUUCUCUCUGGUUGGCAAUAGUACUAUGAUUUGGUAUGUGGCCACUUUGAUAGCAAGUGUAUUCAGCACCCGAGGAACGGCUGCUCAAGGUGCCCACGAAGUCAGAGAGGAGCCCCAGUUUGUGACGGCCCGCUCUGGGGAGACCGUGAUAUUGGGAUGUGACGUGGCCCACCCACUCAACGGCCAGCCCUACGUGGUGGAGUGGUUCAAGUUUGGAGUGCCCAUCCCCUUCUUCAUCAACUUCCGCUUCUACCCUCCCCAUGUGGACCCCGAGUAUGCCGGCCGAGCCAGCCUGCAUGGCAAGUCAUCUCUUCGCAUUGAGAGGGUUCGAUCGGAGGACCAGGGCUGGUACGAGUGCAAGGUCCUGAUGCUGGAGCAACAGUACCACACUUUUCACAAUGGCAGCUGGGUUCACCUCACAGUCAAUGCUCCCCCGACUUUCACGGAUACACCGCCGCAGUAUGUGGAGGCCAAAGAGGGGGGCAGCAUCACUCUGAGCUGCACGGCCUUUGGGAAUCCCAAGCCCUCAGUCAGUUGGCUCAGAGAGGGAGACCCCGUACAGGACAGCAACAAGUACAAGGUGAGUGAUGGCAGCCUGAUGCUUGUUUCCAUCAGCCGUGAGGACAGGGGAGCAUACACAUGCCGAGCUUACAGCGAGCAGGGAGAGGCCGUCCACACCACACGCCUACUCGUCCAAGGACCCCCAUUUAUUGUUUCGCCACCAGAGAACAUAACCGUAAACAUAUCCCAGGAUGCAUUCUUCACUUGUCAGGCUGAGGCGUAUCCUGGCAACCUAACGUACACCUGGUUCUGGGAGGAAGAUAACGUCUUCUUCAAGAAUGACCUCAAGCGCAGAGUUAGUAUUCUAAUCGAUGGUUCGCUCAUCAUCUCCCAGGUGAAACCUGACGAUGCUGGGAGAUACACCUGCAGCCCUAGUAACAGCCUUGGCCGCCCCCCCUCCGCAUCAGCGUACCUGACAGUGCAUUACCCUGCCCGUGUGGUCAACAUGCCGCCAGUCAUAUAUGUGGCCAUCGGACUGCCGGGGUACAUUCGCUGCCCGGUGGAUGCCAACCCACCUGUCACUUCAGUGAAGUGGAAAAAAGACGGCCUGCCUCUGCGGAUUGAAAAGUACCCUGGCUGGAGCCAAAUGGAAGACGGUAGCAUUCGAGUGUCUGAGGUGACAGAGGACUCUCUCGGCACCUACACCUGUGUGCCUUACAAUAGCCUCGGUACCAUGGGACAGUCCCCUCCCGCCCCUCUGGUGCUAAAGGACCCACCAAAAUUCCUGGUGGUUCCUGGAGGAGAGUAUAGGCAGGGGGCUGGUCGAGAGCUGGUCAUCCCCUGUGAGGCAGAAGGAGACCCAUUCCCCAACAUUACAUGGAGAAAGGUAGGGAAGCCCAGCAGAAGCAAGCACAACGUCCUACCGAGAGGCAGCUUACAGUUCAAAUCUCUCAGCAAAGAGGACCAUGGGGAGUGGGAGUGUGUCGCCUCCAAUGUCGCCACGAGCAUCACUGCCAGCACGCACCUCCUAGUAAUCGGCACAAGCCCACACGCCCCUGCAAACAUCCACGUUUCAGUCUCGACGACCUCAUCCAACAUCUCCUGGGAACCCGGUUAUAACGGUGGCUUUGAGCAGACAUUCUCAGUCUGGGUGAAGAGGGAGAUGUUAGGACCGCAUGACUGGCUGUCCAUGUCUGCGCCCAGCGGGCAGCACUGGCUCCUGGUGCAAGGCCUUGAGCCUGAGACGGCCUACCAAUUCAGCGUCCUGGCCCAGAACAAGCUGGGGACGGGCCCUUUCAGCGAGGUCGUCACUGUGAACACACUAGUAUUUCCUAUAAGUACCCCAGAACCACUUGUGCUGCUUACCACACCACGGUGCCUCACAGCCAACCGGACACAGCAGGGAGUCCUACUCACAUGGAUCCCUCCAGCCAAUCACACAUCUCCAAUUGAUCAUUACAUCAUGGAGUUCCGCCUCGGGGAGAAGUGGGAUGUUCUUGAUGAUGCAAUCCCUGCUGGAGAGACUGAGCUUUUGGCUAGAGACCUGCUUCAGGAGGCCUGGUAUGAGUUCAGAGUUAUGGCGGUAAUGGAAGACCUCAUCAGCGAGCCCAGUAAUGUAGUGGGAGUCUCUAGCACAGACUACUUCCCACCACCUGAGGUUGCAGACGAGGGUCUGGCGCGGCCGGUGGUGGCAGGCAUUGUGGCCACCAUCUGUUUCCUAGCAGCAGCCAUCCUCUUCAGCACGCUGGCAGCCUGGUUCGUCAACAAACAGAGACGGCGCAAGCUCAAGAGGAGACGAGAUCCCCCUCUGUCCAUAACACACUGCAGAAAAAGCGUGGAGACUCCGUCAUCUUCUGGAAAAAUAAGUCCAGAAAGUGUGCACUCCAUGGGACCUCCAUUAGAGUCUUCAGAGGAUGGUUUACAAGCCAAGAGGUUUCCUCAAAGUCCAGCCAAGGAGAAGGAGCUGUCCUUAUACAAGAAGACCAAGAGAGCAAUAAUUAGCAAGAAAUACAACGUCUCCAAGCAUGAGGCAGAGGCUACCACACCUAUUGAAUUGAUCAGCCGGGGCCCAGAUGGGCGCUUUGUCAUGGAUCCUUCAGAAAUGGAGACUCCAGUUAAGGCACGACGCAUUGAAGGCUUCCCCUUCGUUGAAGAGUCUGACCUGUAUCCUGAAUUUCGACAGUCAGAUGAAGAGAAUGAUGAUCCGGGCCCCCUGCCACCAGUGAUGGCUACCCUCAGACCCCAUCAGAUCUCCCCCAUCUCCUCUAGCCAGGAAUCUUAUUUGCAGCCCCCAGCCUACAGUCCCCGUUUCCAGCGGCCCAUGGAAGGUAUGACCAUCAUGGAGACUAGUCGACUAAAGGCUACAGGGCAGAUCCGUGGUGCUCCUCACUUUCGAGCCUUUUCCCAUGGCCAGUUCUACAGCUAUUUGGGAAGUCCAGGGGAACCUGAGCCUCCACCCCCCUUCUACAUGGCAGACACCAGCCCUCUCAGCUCUGUAAUGUCUUCGCCCCCUUACCACCUGGAGGGGUCUUUUGGUCAUCCCACCAUCCCCGAGGAAGUUGGUGAGGGAGAGAUUCAGCAUUAUGCAGUCUCUGGCUACACCCUUCCCUUGGCACACCCCUCCUCUUCGCGCUCUCCAGACAUCUGGCAGCGACCCGAUUUCUCCUUUGCUACAAUUGAGGGUCCUCACUUUAUUUUUCCUCCCCCACACCCUUUGCAUCUUCAUCAUGAAUCUCCCUUUUCUCCCCCCCUUGUUCUUCCUCCUAGUGCCCUCCAGGUUUCUCCUUACCCUGGUAUCCUGCAGCUGGAGGCCCCAAAGAGCCGCCCAGGCAAGUCCCCCAGCAAGGUCAAGCCUCAGGGCCUUCCAGCCAAGCGUUUACCUAUGCAAGAGGCACAGAGUCUAGGGCAGCUAAGACACACAAGCCACAGUAUGGGUGUACCGGUAUUGCCUUACCCUGACCCAAUGUCUCACCUGGUUGGCCCGAGCUCAUUCAGAAGCCUGGACACCCGAUGGUAUGAGCUGACACCCAGGCUUAGCCCCAGGCAGCACCGUAGGAUGGAACCUAGCAUGGUUGUUCUGCAGCCGUCCCGUCUCUCACCUCUAACUCAGAGCCCCAUUAGCUCUCACGAAGGCUCACCUGAGAUUGUAGUGCGCCCCAGGCCACGCCCAAGCAUCAUUCAACCCCCAAUUCCCCCUGAGAUUUCGGAGAUCACCCUCCAACCCCCUUCUUCUGUUAGCUUCUCUAAGAGGUCUUCCCCCUCCUCCUCUCCUGCUCAAGGCCAAGGCAGCCGAAGGGCAAGUCCCAGCUACCGAUCCCACAUGGCGUUUUCCACCUCCGUAGCAAGCUAUCCGUCACAAUCCCCUUCACCUCCGUUAGAAAGUGGCAACAUUUUUGGGCAGAUGCCAACCCAGAGGAGGACUGAGGAGGAGAUCCUUCCUUCAGAACCUUCUCCACCACAGUUAUCAGCUUCAGGGUAGGUGCACGAGGCUUAUAGUGUGUGGACUGAUAAACCAUGCACCAUAUGGCCUAAGUGUAACAUCUACGAUCUUUCUGGGGUUUCAGUACUGCAAAAACACUCACAAAUCUAUUUGACUUUAUUGAAUUUUUGUCUAAAGUUAAAUUAGCUCACGUGUUGUCCAGGGCACAAUAAAUCAUUUUGCUGCUUACCUUACAGCUAGUUUGAACGAUGUUAAAACUCAUGCUUUCCUAA